CAGUGUAGUUUGAACCUCACUGUUUGGCUCACCGUGACAUUAAGGUUCAGGACAGAAUAUAUUGGGGUGGGGGACUGAAACUAUCCCAUGCGCCUCACUCCCUCUUGUGCUAUUGUUGUGUUGCCAUUAACUCUGCAUCUGGUUUUCUUCUCCCAUGUUCAAAAAUGUACCUCCUUUCUGUUCCAGGAGAAUGUACGGCAUUCAAGGAAAGAUUCAUGCAGUGUCUUCGGGCGAAUAGCUUUGAGAAUGCUUUGUGCAGACAGGAAUCAAAGGAAUACUUAGAAUGUAGAAUGCAGAGGCAACUUAUGGCUAAAGAGCCAUUGGAAAAAUUGGGGUUCAAAGACCUAACAGAAGAGAAAUCAGAAGCCCAGUCUGCGACGUAACAAGGUUGGGGAGAAGAGGAGUCCUCCCCAUCUGUUUCAGAAGCAUCAAAUCCACAGUUGUACAUAUUGUACAUUGCAUAUUUAAUUCUAAUGCGCAGCGGUUCUUGAAAGAGAGUGAUGUACACACCGAACUGAGGGUUUCCAUUUUGUUCCCAAGGAGACUGUGCAGUGCCAUAUUGUGUUGUGAUGUGUUCUUCUCCUCGAUGGCUCAGUUGCUGCCUCCCUUUUGAUAACAAUUUACAGCUUGGGCUUCAUAAUACCUUUUAUACAUUUUUACAGCAAGAAGCUAAAAUGAUAAAAGCGUCACUCUGGGCAGACUAUUAAAAGUGUAUUUAUUACA